UGCUCUUAUAUGCAUAGGAGAGAAAUUGUUAUCCUGUGCAAUAUUAAACAAAUGCACAGAGUAGUGAAAUGACUGUGCGUGAAUUCAUGUAUCAUGUUCCUCUCUUCCUGUGGAUUAUUUACACCAAAGGAAUAUUAGGUAGAUGCCUCGGUGAUGACAUUGGUGAUGCUUUACAAGUGAACGAUCGUUGUUAUUGGAUGAUAAAGGAGCACCUGGUAUUCACUGAUGCUCACAAACGCUGCCAGGAGGACGGAGGGAUACUAGCCGAGAUCCCCGACACAGAGACACAAAACGCCGUAGAAGGAUUCUUUUUAAGCUUAUCCACGAAUUACUGGAUUGGGGUGCAUGACAUCUACCAAGAAAACUAUUUUGUGAAUAUGUUAAAUGAAACUGUUCUCUAUACAAAAUGGGCAGCAAGUCAACCUAACAACGUACAUUACAAAUAUAAAAACGCUGAUUGUGUAGAAAUUGCGUCAAAUGGAUGGGUUGACGUGCCAUGUACAUUAUCGAUGUCUGCAAUUUGCUCAAAAAGAAAUAAUGUAAUUGUAACGUCAUCUCAACUUUCGACAAGACCAGAAACAACAACAACGCCAACAUCAACAACACCAGCAAUCGUAACAACGUCGCCUCAGCCUAUAACAACAACACCGAUGACAACACCAACAACUAAAAUACAAUCUCAGAUAACAACAUUUACGUCCAAAUCAUAUACUCGUGCAGUAUUUACCGAUCCUUCUACAACGACCCAAAUAUCGGAAUCCCAGACAACUACGCCAGCUUGGAAUGUUGACGAAAUGACUACUUCUAAAGAACAGAGUUGUCUGUGCCCAUGUUCAAGAACCAAGAACCAAGUCUUCAUCGAAAACGAGGUCGAGCUACGAAUCAAAGUGGACAAGUUGAAAAAGGAACUGUACGUUAAUAAAUCCUUGUUGUCUAGCUCCAUUCGGAAGAGGACUUCCGCCGUAGAUCCGCGACCGUCCGCAUCGAUCGUCGGCGGUACGUUGAGCAUCGUCAUCAUUGCUAUAGUCGUCGGUCUCAUCACUUUAGGCGAUGUUAGCCAGUUGUUACAGUUUUUCUGGAAAAUGAUCUGCGGCUAUAGUCACAGAUAGCGAGGGACGCAAGCACAAUGGAAAGCCAUGUUUGAUUUAAAAAUAUCGCACUCUAUUGAAUUGUGCAGCUGAGACGUUAAAUUAAAUGCAUAUAUUCUUUUGAUUUUAAACAACAAAAAAAUCUUAUUUUUCUUAAUGUCUUAUCUAGAAAUUAAAGUAUUUUAUUUACAUCUUUGCAGUACAAUACCAUGUUGGAGAUUAUCGACAUAAAUAUUUUCUGUACGUUUCCACUUAGAUUCUAUAUACUUUGUGUUUAGUGAUGCAUAUUGUGGGUUAUUGACUUUCAAAUAGUCAAGAACAUGAACUUAAUUUGUG